CCCGGGCAUGACUCGCCCGUCACUGCCCUUGUUGUCUCCUCAGAUGGGCGGUGGGUAGCGACAGCCUCCAUGGAUGCCACCAUCAUCCUGUGGGAUGCCCGAGAUGCGUGUAUCUCACAAGAAUGGUUCGCUCACGACGGGGGGGUCUCGGAUCUUGCAUUCUCAUCGGACAACCGACACCUCUUGUCCGCAGGUGAAGAUGGCAAGGUCUCUGUAACGGAU